GUGCUCGGAAGCGCAGGGUCGGCCCCGUCUGCCCUGACUGUCGCGGCGCGGUGAUGAUUCGCUUACUUGGAGCAGGAGUGAGUUUGGAGCGGGCACUGUGAAAUGUGUAACCAUCAUGUUGCCCGGAUAAUCAGCGGAGCACGUUAGGAGACGAGAGACCCACAACCGGCUGAAGCCAAGUGACACAGGCAGGACAGCCACACCUCAUGCGUGGGCUCAGCAGACGUCCGAGUGGAUACGGAUCUGAAAAACAUGGGUGUGCUCCAGCUCCACAAUCCCACUCACCCCAGCACGCUCCUGCAGCGGGCCAAUCAGAUGCGUCUGACCGGCACCUUGUGUGAUGUCAUCAUCACGGUGGACGGCCAGGAGUUCCCGGCGCACCGCACCGUCCUGGCCUGCACCAGCAAAAUGUUUGAGAUCUUGUUCCACCGCAGCAGCCUGCGGUACGCCCUGGACUUCCUGUCCCCCAAGACGUUCCAGCAGAUCCUGGAGUACGCCUACACCGCGUCCCUCCAGGCAACAGCCGAGGACCUGGACGACCUCCUGUACGCCGCUGAGAUCCUCGAGAUCGAGUACCUGGAGGAGCAGUGUCUGAAAGUGCUGGAGACCAUCCAGGCGGAGGAGAGCGAGGAGGUGGCGGUGAGGAACCACACCCCCGGAGACCACAGUGACCACGGCCGGGCCAGGCACUGGAGGCACGUGUUGAUGUCCAAGAAGCAUUCCAUACAGGACGGACCCCCUCGCACCACUCCCACCGCUCUACACCACCUGGCUCUGUACCACAUGACGGAGAGGCGCACUCCCGGUGAGGUCGCUCCGGGAUCCAGCCCCAAGCUGGACACAGAGGUCGACAUGGAGAGUUCCCAGCAGCCUCAGCAGCACAGUUCCCAGUUGUCCCAGGCCUCAUCCCUGCAUCCUGCUAGAAACAUAAAAUCAGAGAGCAUGCAGGUGGAUGAAGCCAACAGCUGUGAGGGCAGGUCCUCCAGCGCCGAGGAAGGGAGUUGUCUGUCAGACCAGCCCAGAGACGAGGGCCCGGGGACGCCGCUGAGAGGCAGUGUGAUCACCAGCGCCCGAGAGCUGCACACGGGCCCCGAAGACGGAGCACAAGUGGUGGGGAACUCACUCGACUGUUUCCCCGGGAUCACCGAGAAACAUCUGCCCUCCAUGUACUCUGUGCCCUCCCACCACACUGGAGAGGGGAUGGUGUCCGUUUCAGUGGCCCCGUCCCUGGGCGUGCCGCUGGACCCGAGGGCCUACGGCGGCCUGCUGCACCAGGGCCUGCUGCACAGAGAGCUCCUCAGCAGGCUGGGCCAGUUUGCAGCGGGGAUGAGGCACGAGGGUCAGGCUCAAGGCCAGCAGUGUUGUGGCGAAUGUGGGCUUCAGCUGCACAGCAGGCAGGCCAUGGAGCAGCACAGGAGGCUGCACAACGAGGAGAAGGGCCACGGCUGCGAAUACUGUGGCAAACAUUUCCAGGACAGCAUGCGGCUAAGAAUGCACAUGCUGUCUCACACAGCUCCUGCAGAGGCGCUGGUGUGUGAUCAGUGUGGAGCCACUUUCUCCUCAGAGGAUGCUCUGGAGGCCCACAGGCAAACGCAUACAGGGACUGACAUGGCAGUGUUCUGUCUGCUGUGUGCAAAGCGCUUCCAGACCCAGAAGGCCCUGCAGCAGCACAUGGAGGUCCAUGCAGGCAUGCACAGCUACAUCUGUAGCCACUGUGAGCGCCCCUUCCCCAGCCACACCACCCUCAAAAGACACUUGCGAUCGCACACAGGCGAUCACCCGUUUGAGUGUGAAUUCUGCGGGAGCUGCUUCAGAGACGACGGCACGCUGAGGGGCCAUAAACGCAUCCACACAGGAGAGAAGCCUUAUGAGUGCAACGGCUGCGGGAAGAGGUUCAGCCUCAAACACCAGCUCGAGACACACUACCGUGUACAUACAGGUGAGAAGCCAUUUGAGUGUAAGCUGUGUCACCAGCGGUCCAGAGACUACUCGGCUAUGAUCAAGCACCUGCGCACUCACAACGGAGCGUCUCCAUACCAGUGCACCAUCUGCCAGGACUUCUGCCCGAGCCUGGCCGCCAUGCAGAAGCACAUGAAAGGCCACAAACCUGAGGACGUGCCGGCUGACUGGAGGAUAGAAAAGACUUACUUGUACGUCUGUUACGUCUGAGCAGGACUUGGACCCAGUGCACAGUCUGACUGACACACACACACACACACACACACACACACACACACACACACACACACACACACACACACACACACACACACACACACACACACACACACACACACACACACACACACACACACACACACACACACACACACACACACACACACACACACACACACACACACACACACACACACACACACACACACACACACACACACACACACACAGAGUUGGGUAAAAACCUUGAAAACUUCAAUGUUGCAGAUUUUUAAAACUGAAGGAUUUAAUGUUUCUUAAAAAUAAUAUUUAAAAUAAAUAAAUCGGACUCGUUUUGGAUAAACAUAAAAAAAUGCAUGGUGGGAAGUUGUCAAACAGUUUUUACCCAACUAUAAAGACAUGCAAGCAUUACUAAAAAUGUGUGUACACACUGAGGCUGCCAAUAACGAUUAGUUUCACUUGCAAUUUAACUAUUUGUUUUACUAAUAAGUGAUAAAUCUGAAAAAUGUCAGUAAAUAGUCACAAAAGUUUCAUCUGCCCAAAGACACUGAGUUUAUAACGGAAUAUAAAAAACACAAAUUUCACAUUUUGAGAAGCAGGAAACAGCCAAAUAUUCAGGACCUGGAAAAAAAAAACUAUAAAAGCAACCGAUUGGUAUAAUUGACAGUUUCCUGACGACUUAACUGUGUUAGCCCUAGUGUUCACAAACACACACGCACACAUUUCUCUCUCUCUCGUACACAUAAUAAUAACAACUAUCUCUAAUGGAUCCACUGUGGUUAAAAUCAAUGCCACAACGGCUGCGACUGCUGACGUGUCUGUGUAGCAGGGGCUUUUAGAUUGAUUGCUAAACCAUCAGGCAACCCGAGUCAUCUUCUAUGAUUGUGCAGUAGAUGUUAAAAAUAAUUCCAUGAAGGCUUGAUUGGCUGAACUUUGCAACGUUUUCCCUCCUUAUUUCCUGUGACUUCCGAGUCAUUUUGUGUCCGUCUUUUUUCUGCUGUUGGAUUUUUGUUUUGGAGUUGUUUAUUUUCUGCAUGUUUUUACUUGAAUGGCUGCCACGUUUUGACCUCAUAAGCUUGAUCUCUUUAAUUGCCUUGUCUUUCUUGCAGUGGGUGUUAUUGUUUUGAGGUAACUGGCUCACAGUGCGAGUUUCUCUUGCGAUGUAAUAGGUUUUGCUAUUUAUAUGUUGUUUAUUUGUUACCAAAUAUGUACUGGUUUUCAUCACUCAGUCUGUCUCUUGGGAUGACUUCUAGUAGAGCGAGCUCUACCUCUCCUCGCUUUUCACUGUUUAUUUUAAACUUACUGCAAAUUAUUCGUUCUUUCUUAGUUUUAAUUUUUCUAACAAAUCAUAUUUUAAAUGGUCAAACAGUGUGAGGAGCCCCAACGCGGCUUUUAUGUGUAGUUUUUUAAAUCACUAACUAUAUAUAGAUGUCUUAUAAAACCACAGAAUCAGAAUUUUCUAGAAGAAAAUUGAAGAAAACAUGAAAAGUUGUUGUUUUUUUACAAAACAUGAAAAGAAAAUUCUGACAUUGAAUCACUAUGAGCAGGUUAUUGUCAGUUGUAUUGUAGCUGUAAUGUACAAACUGUCACGGUAUGUUAUUCCCUUGUGUGAGCCUAGCACAGGCCUUAUAGAGUUAAACAUGUUGUAUUUUUGUAUUACAGUAAUUUGCUAUUUGUUUACAUUUGGUAUGAUUUGAGAAACAUCUUAAAGUGUGUGUUUUAUAAGUCUCUGAUUUGAUUACGAUCCCUCCCUUGUGCCUCUUUUAUAAGUAGAGCAUCAAUGUGCUUGAGUACAUGGGUCUGUGCUGUUGGUAGUUGUUUCUGGGUGUUUGUUUAUUGUUACUUAAUUAAAGAUAGACUGCCAUGUAGAUCCACUUUGUCUGAACAUUGCAACUGGAAGCAACAUAGUGUGAUAGUGGCUGGUAUUCUGAUGCAAGAUCCAAGCAAUUUUGAUGUAAAAGUACACGCUUGUCUCAAAUUGUUUCCCUCAAAGUGACAAUGGACUGAGAUCCUUGGAUGAAAAAGGUGUGUACAGCAAAUCUUGGCGUCUUGUGGGCAUUACCGAUGCCUUCUUAAGUAGCCACCAACACUCAGUGCCAUGAAAACACACAUUCACAGUAUCUAUUCUACAUGAACAUGCACUAUAAAUGGAUUUCCUCGGUGGACCAAAAGAAAUAAGAGCACUUUUGUUUGAAAAGGGUUUUUUCUUUGAUCUUUCUAUGUUGUGAUAAUGCAGAUGUCCUUUUAUUUGAUGUGUCCUAGAAGGAUGUGAUUAGCAUUGUUUAGAUUAUGUCAAUGUCUGUCUACCUCAGGGCCAGAUCAAAGCUCGACCUGGUAACCAAUCAGGGUUGUUCUUCUUGCCAUGUGUGCAGUAAAAUCCCUCUCCAUUACAGCUUUGUAACACAGUGUGUGAAAGUGUUUUCUCAGUGUGGAUUCAGGCACAACUCUGUAUGCGUCAGUGUUCAGUGGCAUGGUUAAAAAAAUAAAAUAAUUUACUAUUUU